GCCUCGUUUCCAUCGAUCCCACGCAGCUCAGUGCGAUAACAUGGCAUCGGGCCAAGACGACUAUGCUGCAUUGCCAUCGCCAACAUCACGACGGCCCCUUUCUUACACUCCAUACCAGUCUCACCGCCGCACCAAUAGCCAGAGAUCCACAGCAUCGACGACUCCACCUCCGUCAGCACCACGUCCACCAUCGCCCUCAUCGUCAUCCAGGCCUCUUGCCCGAUCUACCAUAUCUACCAACGCAUCACCAUCGUCUUUUGCGCGCCCCAGCGCAGCCGUCAUUGAACCUUCGCCUCUACGCAACGAGCUGCCGGAAGCGCCGCCACUUCGAAGACUGCAUACAAAGACGGAGCAGCAUCCUCAGCCGCGCCCGCCUGCGCCCAUCCAGCAUGCUCAGCCAAUCGUCGAGGCUGCAACAUCACGGCCACCAUCACCAACCCCUCUCAAGGCCACAAGCGAAGGGCAGUCAUCUGAUCUACCUCGUCGAAUAGCAUCGCCACCUCCGAAUGGCACGUACUCGUCGCUUCGUCCCGCGACCAAGGCCAUAUCGACCUCACAAGCACUGAGAAUGCGCGAACAACCACGUCGAGGUGGCAGCGACAACAACAGCGCAGUCGCCAGCAGCGCAGCCAGUACCAGCUCCAAUGCUGCGUCACCUCGCACGCAAUCACCAGCACCGCCCUCUCCAGCUCCAGCCUCAUCAUCUCAGCUACGCACGCCAGCAUAUACCCAAUUUCAGCCACCUCGCCAUACCUUUCAACCUCGAGGCGUAUCCCGUAGUCAGCUCAUGGACUUUGUUGAAGCCAAGGCGAAAGCCAGAGAUGCGCAGAGUAGGAAAUCCAAGACGAAGAAGCAAGGUGUGGCAGAGCUGACAUCGCAGGAUGGUAGAGAUGACCAAGAUGCCAAUCGCACCGAGGAGAGAAUACGAAGGCGUGUUGAAAAGCUCCUCGCCAUACACUACCCCGACUUUGCGAGAGGCGCGGCAUCAGUACCAGCAGCACCAUCAGAAGAACCGCUCUCCCUCCCUUCUUCAUCGAGCUCAUCUUCCCUCUUCUCCAGUCCCUUCUUCACUACCUUGGCACCUCACUCGCGCUUUCUCUCCACUCUGCGGCAAUCUUCGGCGCUUCGAGCGGCAGAGCAGGCUCUCGUGCCCUGGCAGCCAGACGAACAAGUGCACGCAUGUCCCAUCUGCUCGGGCAGCUUUGGAGGUACAGGAGCGAGGGGAAGGGUCGUUGGAGUCGGCAGGAGGAAGCAUCAUUGCAGAGCUUGCGGCAGGGUUGUGUGCGCGAGUCCGGAGCUAGCUGGGGCGACGGCAGGUGGCCAUGCUCCAGGAGAUGAGAAAGAUGAAGGAGAUAGGCGGCACGCUACCGUCUUUGGAGGAAAGUGCUCUGGGAUCGUUGUGCUAGACGAGGCAGCGGCAGCUUCGGCGGCCACAGUCUCAGCCGAUGCAGGAGGAGCGAACCUCACAAUCAAGGAGCUUGAGGCGCCCGGCAACGAGGAGAGCUUCGAAGCAUUCCUGCUCAAGCAACAGCAGCGUAGCAAGCAGCAAGGUGAGGGCGCAGCGACGACCGAAGGUUUUCGUCUCUGUCGAGACUGUCGGCAAGUUGUGCUGCGAGGACAGUACAUGGAUGAGGAGGCGGCUCCACCUCUCUACGUCCGCCUCUAUGACGAGCUGACUGUACUUCAACGUGAGAUCGAGACGACACUGCCUGCCUUUCAAGAGCUGGUUAUGGGCAUGCAAAAGUCCAACGGCGACGUCGCCUCAACCAUUGUCGACGAGGCACCGUCUGCGGCGCAAGCUGGCAAUCAUGCAAAGGUCCAGCUGCAACUGCAACGUGACGCAGCGCGGGCAAGGAAGACGCUGCUGGCAAACUUUGCCAAGUACGAUGCUCUGGCAAAAAAGAUUCGCGACCUGCCCUACGGCAGCGAUGUUGGACUCAAGAGAUUGAAAGAAAAUGUCUGGCUGAGGGCGGGGGCUUUUCUGCAAGCUAAUGUGAGGCGACUGAAGCACAGCGCAGUAGGCACCAUCCUGACCUUGCCGCGAUCGCACGCAGAUGUUUCCACUCCAAUCGCUCCCCAAGCUUGAGUCCUCCAAGCCCAACGGCUCUGCGCACAAGCGCGGUGCCUCGGCAUCAUUACCCUCGGCAUCCCCUCACCUCGCGGUCCUGCAAGAGCAGCGCUCUCAAAUCGCCCACUUUCUCGAACGAGCGCAAAAGGAACGCAAGCUCAAUGACGCAGCUGCACUGCGGCGCAACCUCGAGGAGCUAGAUGUCGAGAUAGCCAAAAUGAGCGUCAACGACGCCAGUCAGGGCGGCGGGCCAGUAGAGAGGUCGUGAUUGUCUAUCGCAUUCUCCUCGUGUCUUCUGUGAAACACGCGAGCUUCUACCACCCCUCGCUAUUUACAUGAUAGCCGCUCGAUGGCC